CUCCCUCCCCCUCUCUCCCUCUCUACCUCUCACUCUGCCUUUCAUACAUACGCCAGAGCACAGACUGCAGCAGAACGCAGGGCCGGUAGGAUUUUCCUCAUCAUUUUGGAACAGCCAGGAAACCAGAGAGACAGUCCCCCGCUGAGCAGCAGAGAGACGUUAUUCAUGGAGAGUCCACUGAGGAGUACCUGACCCACGAUCUGCCGAGUGUGUAGGUUGGCAUCUGGCUCUCAGAAGCACUUGUGUGGACUCCCAGACGCACCCAUCCCUCCUUCGGGACUGCCCCACUCCCUCCCUACCUGCCCCUUAUCCUUCAUUUAAGGAAAGGAUGCCCGGCUGUGCGCCCCUGUGCUGAGGAGGCGUCGGCGGGCAGCAGUAUGGGCGCUGUGCUAGCCGGCAUCCCCACCACCCCCUCCACCACCAAUCUGCCACCACCACGCUGCCCCACCAAGACGGGCGCUCCCCCCAGCCCCGCUGAUGGGCGAAGACACUGACGCCACCCCGACACUCAACCACCGCGGCUUCCUCCCCGACCACAACUAUGUGACUGAAGGGCUGCUCCUGGCUAUAGCCUGAAGAGCUCCGCCCAUCCUGUCCACCCCUCUCCACCCUGGAGUCCUCCCCCAGGAUGUUGAGCCCCAUCCAGGUGCUGUGCUCCGACAUCACUACCCUUUCUCUGGAGCCUGAGCCGUUUGCCUCUUACACUGAAGCUGAUAUCAUCUCUACUGUUGAGUUCAACCACACAGGAGAGCUCCUGGCCACAGGGGACAAAGGGGGCCGUGUGGUCAUUUUUCAGAGGGAACCUGAGAGCAAGACUGAGCCAUUCUCCCAGGGAGAGUACAAUGUCUACAGCACCUUUCAGAGCCAUGAGCCCGAAUUCGACUACCUUAAGAGUCUGGAGAUUGAGGAGAAAAUCAAUAAGAUCAGAUGGCUGCCUCAGCAGAACGCCGCACAUUUCCUCCUCUCCACCAACGAUAAGACCAUUAAGUUGUGGAAGGUGAGUGAAAGAGACAAACGGCCAGAAGGAUACAACCUGAAGGAUGAGGAGGGUCGCAUCAAGGACAUCUCCACAGUCACCUCCCUACAGGUGCCGGUGUUGAAGCCCAUGGACCUGAUGGUGGAGGUCAGCCCUCGGCGAGUGUUUGCCAAUGCCCACACCUACCAUGUCAACUCCAUCUCCGUCAACUCUGACUAUGAGACCUACAUGUCAGCUGAUGACCUGAGGAUCAACCUCUGGCAUCUGGAUAUCACUGACCGCAGCUUCAACAUUGUGGAUAUCAAACCAGUCAACAUGGAGGAUCUGACAGAGGUGAUCACAGCGGCUGAGUUUCACCCCCACCACUGCAACUUGUUUGUCUAUAGCAGCAGCAAAGGCACCCUGCGCCUCUGUGACAUGAGAGAAGCAGCCCUCUGCGACAAGCACUCCAAAUUAUUUGAGGAGCCAGAGGACCCCAGUGCUCGCUCCUUCUUCUCUGAGAUCAUCUCUUCUGUAUCUGACGUCAAGUUCAGCCACAGCGGCCGCUACCUGCUCACCAGAGACUACCUGACUGCCAAAGUCUGGGACCUCAACAUGGAGAGCAAGCCCCUGGAGACAUACCAGGUUCAUGAUUACCUCCGCAGCAAGUUGUGUUCCCUUUAUGAGAACGACUGCAUCUUUGACAAGUUUGAGUGUGCGUGGAACGGCUCGGACAGUGUGAUCAUGACCGGAGCCUACAACAACUUCUUCCGAAUGUUCGACCGCAACACCAAACGCGACGUGACCCUGGAGGCAUCGAGAGAAAGCAGCAAACCCAGAGCUGUCCUGAAGCCGCGAAGGGUCUGCGCCGCCGGAGGAAAGCGCCGGAAGGACGACAUCAGCGUGGACAGCCUGGACUUCACCAAGAAGAUCCUCCACACGGCCUGGCACCCGACGGAGAACAUCAUUGCCAUCGCUGCCACCAACAACCUGUACAUCUUCCAGGACAAACUCAACUCUGAGAUGCAUUAAUGAAUUGAUUAAUGUCAGCGGUGGAUACAAACGAGUUUACGCCUGAACACAUAACUAUGCCAGAAUGUCCACAUUAUCAGACACUCUCUCACACACCCGGGAAGAUGCCUAAACACACAAACCCCCACACACAGAGCGAACACACACAUCUAGGUCUGCAGUUUCACACACUCCUUCACCUCCUCCUCAGCCUCCCAGAACUGAAAGGACCUAGACAGGGCUAGAAAGGGAACAGGCUGGAUUACGCAGUGGAUUAUGGAUUGCAAAAUUGUACGAACUGUGGAUUUCCUGAUUGUGAGCCUCUGGAUUGUGCUUGACGGUGUUUUGAUUGCUGCAGCUCAGCUUGUGAGGGGGAUCAACCCUCUGCAGACUGGAGAGACGUUUACACGUUUGUCUGUUUUUUUUUUGUUGUUCUUCAGGCUCUUUUGCUUUCUCCACCUCCUCCUCCUCUUCCUCCUCCUCCUCUCCUCUCUGUAUUUGUGUGCUCGAGCAAAGCCUAUUCUUAUCCCUUGCCCACUGUUUUGUGUAACAAAACCCUUUGUGGUUGUCUACCAGCGGCACUGAUGAGAAAUGGGGCAUUUAUAUAACUGACUGUUUGAUUUCAGAUAAGCUAUCCCACUUCAGUUUUUGUAACUUCUUGUUAAAUGAUGUUGAUGAUGGUAAUUUUGAUGAUGAUCUCAACGUUAAAUGAUACGUGUGAUGUGCAAGGAUGAACUUGAGACCCUCCCCUUAACCCAAGUGCACCGGACGCCUCUGAGACGACCAACAACUGGGCUGCGUUCAGCGAGGCGAAGCAUUUACAGUUCUGCUGAGAGAAGCAGAAGUUAAUAGAUUAUUACACCACGGCCUAACAUGAGGACACACACUCAUACCUGCUCCACACGGUGUGUUUCAGUGAUUAAUGUCUUCUCUGCUGAAACAGACCCAGACUACUCUGAUUGUGGUUCCUGCUUCUGGUCUGGGGCUGUGUUGUGUGCUACUUUGACAUUACUCAGAUCAAGCAAAAAUGAAAAAAAACUAAAAAUAAAUAAUUACAACAAUCAAGCGAAAAGAUGCUGCAUGUCAAACAGAUUUAGCCUACGUAGGUGUUUAUAAAUUGACUGACUGACUGACUUGGCUGCCUUCUUACCCAUUUAGAUCCAGCUGUACAAAGGCUUCAGGGGCCCCGGGGCUCCGUGCAGCACGAGUAACCAUAGAUGACCGAGCUCUCCUACCUUUAUUUGUGUCUUCGGACACUGAAGCAUGUUUACCAGUGUUCGGUUCAUACACUUACACGUACAUUUUGAAUGAAGCCGUCCACCAAUCAGUUUCUACUCAAUGAAACUGAGAACCAAGAAGAAUGGGGAAUGUUUCUGAUUAAUGUUGUACUCUAAAAGAAAAAGAAAAAAUCAAAGGGCCUAAAUGGUGUCUGUAUAUAUCAGCUCUGUUUUUGACAUGUAUGAUUUUAGUUUUUUUUUAAAGAAACACCAUAAACGGACUGAGGACUUGAUCGUCUGUAUCGAUGAUCGCCUCCAGAGCUACAGCAGAGAUGGUACUUUGAUCUCUUCAGCCUUCCUCACUGAUUACUUUGCUGAUGUGCAGAAGCUUUUAUUUUUAGAAAACAGCUUAUUCUUUUAUUUGUCCUUAUUUUGGGGGAAUAUCUGUCCGUCGUAAUCCACGUCCUUCUCAAACUAAUGUUGAUUCACAUAUUUUUGUGUUAAUGUAUGUUGAUGACGAAAUUGUCAAAUGGACAGUUAUAAAUAAUGUUAAUAUGUUUUUUUCUGAAUAAAGAUUUCAACGAAAUUGCA